CCCUCCUCUCCUCCACAGCCUCUUACUACUACAGCUGGCGGCUCCACAUGCGCCGCGGCGCUCCGUAGCCUGCACCGGGCACACCGGCUCCAGUCUGUAGGCAUGUCGGCUGGGGGCUCUGACGGGACGGCGGACCGGGCAGCAGAUCCUGCUGUAGAGGAAGAAGGGCCAAGUGAAGCCGGUCCCUCGCUGCCAGCUGUCGAGCUGCCAAGGAAACGAAAGGGAGAUGUGGAGGAGAGGUCAGACACCCCUGUACAGCAAGGCCUGGACUUCCAAAUGGAUGACGACCUCAGCAGAUCCGAGGGGGAGGAUCAGCAAGUCAAAAUGAAAUGCUUCAGGGAGCCUCACCGCAAGAUCGAAAAGCGGCGGAGGGACAAAAUGAACAACCUCAUCGAUGAGCUGUCUGCCAUGAUCCCUGCCUGUCAGCCCAUGGCUCGGAAACUUGACAAACUGACUGUGCUGCGGAAGGCUGUACAACACCUGAAAGCCCUCAAAGCAGGGACAAGCAGCGCCUUUACAGACACCACCUGCAAGCCUUCCAUCCUGCCUCAUGAUGACCUCAGACACCUUCUGCUCAGGACUGCCGAUGGGUUCCUGUUAGUUGUAAGUUGUGACCGGGCAAAAAUCCUCUUCAUCUCCGAGUCCGUCUCCAAGAUCCUCAACUUUACGCGGCUGGAUCUGACUGGGCAGAGCUUGUUCGAUUUCAUUCACCCCAAAGACAUCAACAAGGUUAAGGAGCAGCUGUCGUCUUCUGAUAUGUCCCCUCGACAGCGCCUCAUUGAUGCAGCAACCGGGGUCCAGGUCCAGGUGGACGCCCCCGUCAGGCCGUCCCACUUGUCUUCUGGAGCUCGCCGAUCCUUCUUCUGUCGCAUGAAGCACAGUCGGGUGGCAGGGAAGCAUGAAGACAAACACUCGCUGCCCAGUACUUACAAAAAGAAAGACACCUACAAAUAUUGUACCCUCCACUGCACUGGAUACAUGCGGAGCUGGCCCAGCAGCCAGCUGGAGUCGGAGAGCGACAUCGACAAGGAAACCUCAAGCCUGACCUGCCUGGUGACCGUGUGUCGCCUCAAACCUCACGUGUCCCACCAGCCUUCCAAAGACAUCAACGUGAAGCCCACCGAAUUUGUCACCCGCUGUGCGAUCGACGGCAAGUUCACUUUUGUAGAUCAACAAGCUACGACAGUCAUCGGUUAUCUGCCACAAGAGCUUCUUGGCACAUCGUGUUAUGAGUACUUUCACCAGGACGACCUGCAGCACCUCGCAGAGAAACACAGGCAAGUUCUUCGAAGCAAAGAGAAGAUUGAGACAAAGUGCUACAAGUUCAAAACAAAAUAUGGCUCCUACGUUUCACUCCAAAGUCAGUGGUUUAGCUUCACAAAUCCAUGGACCAAAGAAGUUGAGUUUAUCGUGUCUUCAAACAGGCUCGUCUUGGGGCCUGGUCACACUAAAGAUGAAGAGGAAGCAGGCAGCUCGAACGCACUUCAGGACGACACAAAGCAGAUACCUGUGAUUCCCAGCAUCUCCAGUGGCAUUGGCACGAUGAUCUACGCAGGCAGCAUAGGGACCCAAAUCGCAAAUGAGCUCAUCGACUCCUACAGGGUGAACUCGUCUCCAUCAAGCGGAGCUUCCAGUCCGUUUGGUGCGGCCCUGGAGAAAUGUCCGCUGGUUUCCCCACAAACCAGCAGGAGUGCGUCCAGCAGAGAAGAGGCAGCAGGCACUUCAUCACAGUCCCAGUCUGAGUCAAGGACGGCAGCGGGCGCUAGCAGUGCAGCUUCUGAGAGUACAGGUGAGCCAUCCCAGCUGGACUUGGACAACAUCGUGGUUCCAGGCCUGAGCAGCUUCAGCAGCGACGAGGCAGCCUUGGCGGUCAUCAUGAGUUUGUUGGAGACGGACGUGAACAUGGGUCAAUCGGGGGACUUUGAGGAGUUACACUGGCCUUUCUAGAGGGAGCUCAGACUUUUAGCCUCUCUCACAUGCUCUUGUGCCGUUUCUUGCCCUUUGCCAAGAACUUGGCCUUUCAGUUGAUUUUGAUCUGGCUGAUGACUGACCUGGCCUUGCACAACUGAACCCACUGGACUCGUACCAAAGGCAGCAACAUGUCAUACUUGAGGAUAGAAGUUUAGGUUUAUUGAAAAUAUUGUGACUGUGAUUACUUUGUUGGUCCCUUGGGUCUUGCUUGAAGGAAAGGGAGGUUAAAGUGCCCCUGGAGCUUGUGGUGAUUCAGAGUCUUCCUCAGCAUCCUCAAGGGGGCUUAGACCAAGACUUUCCACAGCAGGGCGAUCUGUUUGCUCUGCUACCCUCAGUGACCAACGUCUAGAGGAGAGUUGGACUCCUGCCAUGUGCAGUGCUGCUAGAGAAACUCCUCAAACCUUUGACAUUUGCGUAACCUUCGGUACACCGUAAUGACCGACAUGUUUUUUGUAACACGGUCUGAUUGUUCUUUUUUUUUUUUUUUUUAUUUUUUUUUUUGUUCCCCACCAGACACAUUUUAGGUAAAAAAAAAAAAAAAAGAAAAAACUUCGAUGGGUAUGUUUUGUCAAAAAUUGUGUCCAGUAAGUACUGAAGAAUGCUAAAAAGAACGCCUGCCCUUUAUCCCCUUGAUUGAGAAUUGCAGAUAAAUAUGCAAAUACGGUGAUGCCUCCAGCUUCCCACCAACACUACUGGUCCAUGUUACAUUCCAUAUUGGACUUUUACACACAAACCACUCAGAAUAGGGCGAAAAAUCUGAGUCACAUAGGAAUGGCGGGUUUUACUGCUUCUUCUUAUUCUUAGCGAAAAUUCUCAGUUCAUUUGCAAAUGCCAAAAAUGCAUUAAAAUGACAUUAUUCUAACAAUAUAAUAACACAACAAGUGGCCAAACUCAGCCUGGAGGACACAAUGCAACCAGAGGGUAGAUAUACAGGAAGUGUUUUGUAGUUUAUCUAUAAAAAGACAAGCAGUUGGGCAGAUUUUGGAUUUAAAGCUGAGGUCGGCAUAAAUUCAAACAAAUAAAAAAAACCCUACCGACUUCUGAAAAUACAACCCUUCCCCUGCAGCACAGGCAGAUAUAUGUGCUUCAUACGCUCUAGCAGCACAAGCUCGACCCUAACUAACCACUACAUUUAGAUAUUUCUGGAACAUGAAGAAUGUAGUAUUUGUUGGACAGAACUCCAGUUCAAUGUAUUUUACUGCUUUUAUUGUCUCUUUUUUAAAAUAGUCCAUCUUCCUUUUCUUGGGUUGCCCUGCACUCUCGAUGCUGGAAUGACAACGUUUUCUAAAGGAUUGUGCAGAGCAGUAAUUAGGACACCACUCUCUCUGAAAAGAAUUUGGAUAGAUUGUCUAAAGCCUGACAGCAGAGCCAAGGAGGAGGUGCAGAAGUCUAGUUUCCUCUCAAACCACUUGAAUUACAACAUAUUGAAAGGUUAUUAGGAAAAAUGACUACCUACCACAACUUUAAUGACCCAACAAUUAGCUUUGCAAGUUGAGGUAUUUCGCGAAUGCUCGAUGGCCCAUCACACACAGAGUAAUGUCAAUGGAGUGCAGGGAUGACCUCUAACACAGACUGCACUUGGCUUUGGCCUUGCACUUGGACUAAAUGGCCUGUUUGAUUUCAAAAACCCUGCACCUGUAAAGACUAACAUUGGCGCUCCCAGGUACUAUCGUCACAGCAGAGCGGCUGUUCUCCACUUCUUGAGGCAUACUUAAAGCUGACAGUGUGUUUCAAUCAAGACUUAAUUCUGAUUUGUGAAACCAAGAACCACCAAAUAGCUUGCCAAAGAGUCCGACCCCUAUAAAUCGUAUGUACUGUAUUAUUUAAAAGAAGCAAAGCUGAUUCUAAUCAACUGUGAUUAGAAGUUAUUAAAAGAUAAAAAAAAACACGUCAGACUUUCUCAGUGCACUGCAGCCAUCAUGCAGAGCUUGUACUGAGCUGACUGAACACUUUUCAUGCACUUUGGUGCAAAGUUAGAAGAGAUUAUUAAAGAUUCUAAAAGCUUAUAAAUCUUUAUCUGACACCACCACGACAUAUUUUCAAAUUUUAAAAUCUAGCAAACAAGAAGAACACUUUAUUUUAGGACUGUUUUUGAUAAAAUAAAUACUUGAAUAUCCUGUUUACAGUAAUGGUCCCUGGAUAAAUAGCACACGUCAUCGGGCUUGUUACACGAAGAUGAACUGGUUCUGUUGGACCACCAACUUUCUAUUACAUAGAAAGAAGCUGACACUAAAUCAUAAAAAGCUUAACCACUUGCAGCAACUUUCACAAGAAAACUUUUGCAUAUGGAUCAGAUAUUUUGAAUCUGGAAACCACAGUUCCAUAGGUUGUCACACCUGAUGAUCACAUAUUUACAAUUGAAAGUUCCAUCUCCAUGAGCAGAAAAUGUGAUGACAGCUCGCUAAUAAAUAGCACAUCUUCAGUAAAAGCUUACACACAAAUUACAUGGGGUGGGGGGUUUAUCAUGGAUUUUUUUAGAAUAUAAUUUGUAUAGGGUCUGUUUAUUGUUGAAUGUGCACUAAAGGAUUGAUCCCUGGUAUGCCAAUACUAUGUGGUCACAUAUCAGAUGCUUGCUGUACUCCAGACAGUUCCAGACUGGACACUGAACUCCUGGGAUAAAAUGGAAGGUCCACCAUUAAGGGGAGAAUGUUUUUCAGUGUUAACUAGGGACAAGUCAGCAUUUUAUUACUGUUGUGUUAUGUCUUAUAUUGCCUUCCUGUCGCCCAAAAAUAGUGUUUCAACAGCCUAUAGCUGCACAGAACUUAGCUAUAGUAUUUGUGUUACCAGGGAGACAAUUGUGUUGUAGUCUCUGUCUCUGAAUGUCCACUUACCACAACAGCCUACUCUGAAAGAAAACUUCAUCUUGAAGCAUCUCAGACAUUAUUUAAAAAAAACAAAAAAAAGCAUCUCUUCUGGAUCUUAUCAGUGGAGACGCAGUUCAGAGAGAUCCUCAUUUUAAAACGUCAGAAUGCAAUGCAGCCACAUGACAGGUUGAACUGUACAGCAGGCUGAUAUUAACCGUGUCAGAGUAUGUGAAGGUGGAUUUUUAGUUAAACUGAGUGACGAUCUUCAGUACAGCACAUGUACGCUCUGGUUAUAUCACUGGUUCCUCAAAUCUUGAAAGUAUAAUGUGAUUGCAUUGCCUUGAACCCGUGUUGUUUCUGACAAAGUUCCAUUGUAAGUUAAUGGAUAUGCACUCUUCUUGGCUUUAAAAGCAAAGCUGACAUUAUUUGCGAUUGUCAUCUGUGCCAUCUGACACUAAUGCAUAUUUAACAUGACCUGCUAUCAAAAGACAACAUGUCAGAUAUUUGUAUGUGAUAACUGUUGAUGUUGAUGUAUCUGCUGUAACAAGGAAUGGCGGCUGAAGUCUUUGACAGUAAUAUAGUUUUUUUCAGAAAUUG